UGGUGGUGCUAGCUUAGAUGCUAGUCAGCUGCCCAGCUAGUAAAAGACACAGACUCUAUGUGUUCUUUGUCUCACUCGCUGUCGCUUGUCGUUUUUGUAUUUAUCAGAAACGAUGCUGCAAAAAUGUUAUAGUCGUUUAUACACUAAGUCCUGUUUAUUAUUGUGACUGGCUUGGCAUGGAGAGAAACUUAACGUUAGCUUAGCUGUUUCUGUUGUGUAUGCUGACGAAGGUUGCAAUGGACCACCACAGAUCCCACAAUCCCAAAUCCAGCUACCAUAACCACCAGGCAGCAUACAGAAGAGAAAGAGAUGACAGUGGAAGAAAUCAGUGUGAGAUUAAACGCUCCACACCAAACUACCACCACCAACAUCAGUCUGGAUCAACUCCCUGGCGAAACCCACUCAGAUCUCAGGGUUUGAGCACCAGAAGGGAGCUUUAUGAAAGAGACUUUCCUGUGUACAAACAGCCUGUCGAAGUUGGAUGUUUCUCCCUUGACUCUGAGCGUAGAUUCUUCAAUGACAGCAGACAGAUGAGAUACUACGUGGAACCUGACAGAAAUCCUCAUUUUGACCUGAAGGAUGGAUACAAGGACCGCUUUGUAAAGAGAGAUGAUGGUGAGAAGGAGAAGCUGGACCACAUUCUGCGCUGGAUUGUAGCCAAUAGAUCAAAGCUUGACUCAAGGGAGACCACGGCCUCGUCACGCGUUUUAGAUGUCGACUUUGUGACAUGGCGGGGUCACCUGACCAAGCUGCUUACCACUCCCUAUGAGACACGGGACAGCUGGUUACUGGCGGUCACCAGGUUUAGAGGCACGCUUUACAUCAGUGAAGUGGAAACAGAAGCUGCUCGCAGAGAUCGAGAGAACCGCACUGAGAGGAAUGCAGAGAUGAUGUACUGGGGGUACAAGUUUGAGCAAUACACAUUUGCAGAUGAUAUCCACAGUUUACCUGACCCGAGUGGAGUGGUGAACACUAAUGAGGCCUUCUGCACUGUGGUGCAGACUCGGCUUGCAGAUCACAGACUUUUGUUCUCCGGAGAGGUGGACUGUCGGGAUAAAGAUCCUGCCGCUCCAGCUCCUCCUGCCUGCUACGUCGAGCUGAAGACCUCUGCAGAGAUCUGCACCCCAAAACAGCGCAGCAACCUCCACAGGUUCAAACUGCUGAAGUGGUGGGCUCAGUCUUUCCUCCCUGGAGUCCCUCGCAUUGUAGCAGGUUUCCGGGAUCAUGAAGGAGUGGUUGUUUCUGUGGAGACUUUUCACAUAUCAAAGAUUUCACAUCUCAUCAAGAAUGAAUACAACUGCUGGAAGCCAACAGUCUGCAUGAACUUCUGCUCUGAUUUCUUGUCCUUUGUGAAGCAUGUGGCUACUGAAGACAAUCCCAGUGUGGUGUACCUGUUCUCCUGGGAGCCCCACAGAGAUGUGACCUUCUCCAUCCACAGGGACUCCCAGUAUUCAUUCCUGCCACACUGGUUUAUCCAGGAGAUGACCAGCAGUCGAGACUCAAACCAACAGUCCUGAUUUACAAUAUCUGGUAAACUAGUGCUGUUGAUAUACUGUAUGUGACCUCCAAUGGAGGGUUCUUUACCAAAAUGCUUUGGCAUUUCAUUUGAGGACAACUUGUAUAACUUGCAAAGUGUCACUAAGCACUACUCCAUGAUGCUUUGGAGGGAUGUUUAUUUUAUUUUUAUUUGUUCAUCAUUAGAAACUGAGCCAUGUAUGUUUUUAUGUGGUAUCUGUUAUUUUUAAUAAAAUAAUUACAGGAUAGUGUCAAUAUUGUUCCUCAAACUUUAUUAUUAAGUUUUUAAAUCCCAAAAACAGUGGUAUUUUAAUUAAACAUAAUUAGAAAAGAAUUUAUAAAAAAAAUUUGAUGUAAAUAAAUGAAGAAGACUUCAAGUAAGCAUUGCAUCAGCAGUUACAAAAUAUUUUCAUGUAAACUGUUAAAAGAAAACAUUGCAGUGACAUGAAGUCCAUUUUGAGAUAGAAAAC